GACAACGACCCGCGCUUAACCUCGGUUUGGUUUCUGAAACGCUAGCUACUAGGUUGGACGUAUUGCAUCGAUAGUACUUGAAUGGAGGAGGGAGCCACAGAAUAACAUAUAGAGCCUGUAUGACCUUGUCAAAGGUCAAAGGGCGUUCUUUCACAGAGCGUGAAGGGCAAUCCUUGAUCCUGCCUACAGCACUGCCUUCCUUGAUGGUGGGCAAUAGGCCUCCUUCAGAGUACCUGGAGCCGGUUGCUCUAGCCCCUCACCUCGGUGCCAGGCCACUGGUCUUCCUCGUCCAAUGCCCACACUGCUCGAAGCCGUUCAGCGCUCCAGUCACUCUUCCCUGCGGUAAUACCAUUUGCCGAUCCUGCCUCCCCGACCCCCAACCCCGAGCCAACAUAUCGUAUCCAAAUACCCCGGAUCGACAACUUGGCAUUGCCUGCCCGUUUUCAACAUGCAACGCCGAACACGCGACAGGAGAAUGCAGCGUGGACGUAACAUUAGCGAAGCUGAUGGAGUGGAUCAGGUCCAACGUGGAACAGGCACGGUUGGUCGAAAACACACCAUUAUGUGUUGAGAUAAUUCCGCCUUGGGACGAGAGCCUCCCGUUCGAGGAGAAAGAGAAAGCGCAGGGUAAGGGCCUCCAGAGAGUGCUACAUGGCGGCAAGUUGGCUUCCACGUUUGCACUUGCCGAAGCGGGAGAGCUCCAUUACAACGCCGAUGUCAUAUAUCACUCGGCGACGGGCGAAGAAUUCGAAAACUUGGAUACACAACUGUUCGAGACACUAGGGAAAGUGGCACACAAAGAGCUAGACUGCCAGGUCUGCUACAACAUACUCCUCGAUCCCACCACGACCGCAUGUGGUCAUACCUUCUGUCGUCGUUGCUUGGUACGGGUCAUGGAUCACAGCAACUUGUGCCCAGUAUGUCGAGGAGGCCUCCAUAUCCCAACUUCUCUCCACAAUCAGCCCAGUAAUGCCCGCCUCUUAUCCCUCCUAGAUGGACUGUGCCCGGAUUUGAUUGCCGCACGUGCUUCAGCCGCUAGCGUGGAGGAACGGCCGGGCGUAGACGUGCUCAGCACCCCGCUGUUUGUCUGCACGUUAUCCUUACCUACCAUGCCGACCUUCCUCCAUGUUUUCGAGCCUCGUUACCGUUUGAUGAUGCGCCGCUGCAUGGAAGGGGAUGGCAAGUUCGGAAUGAUCAUGUAUAACAAAGCCUCGUCACCCCAAGGUGACCUUGGAGCUACACAAUUCAUGGAAUACGGCACCCUACUUGAGAUCCUCAGUUUUGAGCCUCUCCCUGAUGGUCGUAGUUUCGUGGAAACCCGAGGGGUUAGUCGAUUUCGUGUCCGAGAACAUGACAUGUUGGAUGGAUACCAUGUUGGCCGCGUCGAGCGUGUUGAAGAUGUUUCUCUCGCUGAAGAAGAACGUCUAGAGGCCGAGGAGCGUACAAAUGCUACGUACCUCCGUGAUCUAAAUCCGCAAGGCCCACUGGAUCCCGAAACUGCGUUGAACAUAUUGUCAACACAGGACCUCCUUAGCAGAUGCCUAAGAUUUAUCGAGCGCAUGGAAGCUAGGAGCGCUCAGUGGCUGAGUAGGAGGAUAGUCCAAGUAUACGGCGGCCCUCCGAACGACCCUGCGUUGUUUCCCUAUUGGUUUGCAUGCGUAUUACCCAUAGCAGAAGAGGAGAAGUACCUAUUGCUAAGUACAACCAGAGUGAGGGAAAGGCUGAAGAUGGUGAAUCGGUGGAUUGUGAGGAUCGAGGAGCAGAGAUGGCCCUCUGGAAGCGCAUGUCGUAUCUUGUGACUCUCCAUAACGGUGGCCGUUCUCAGUAUUCUCAUUGCCCUCAUCACCCUCACCACGAAUCCGCACUCUCUUGAACCGACCAUCGCCAUUUAGACUCCGCAGAACACACAACCGCCUUCCUAUCCCCCACGCACAUCACAUUUUCGCUCAAAUUGCAAUGCAUUUACGACCAC